AUGUGCAUAUGUAUACACUACACACACGCAUAGAAAGAGUGAUGGUGAAUUACGCCAACGCGAAAUGAGCAUAUGAUUACACUCUGAAGUGUAAACACACACAUGUCGUCGUUCAAGUGGACGGUCCAUAUCUCUCUUUUUCUACACCUAAUGAGCAUCUUCAAUAAGACUCUCACUUCUAUUGUUUUUCCCUUGAUAGAGUCGGUCGGGUUUCUUCUAUGAUCGAUCUUUCUAAGAUCAAGAAGAAACCGCAGCAAAAUAAUAAACCCUAGAAGAUUAUAAUUGUCAAUAUGAUGAGGGUGGAUCAAGAGUCGUCUAGUAUUCCGCCUGGAUUUAGAUUUCAUCCGACAGAUGAAGAACUUGUCGGAUAUUAUCUCAAGAAGAAAGUCGCCUCCCAGAGGAUUGAUCUUGACGUUAUAAGAGAGAUUGAUCUUUACAAGAUCGAACCAUGGGAUCUACAAGAGAGAUGUAGGAUAGGGUACGAGGAGCAAAAAGAGUGGUAUUUCUUCAGCCACAAAGACAAGAAGUAUCCGACAGGAACUAGAACAAAUCGAGCCACCGUGGCCGGUUUCUGGAAAGCAACAGGGCGGGACAAGGCCGUUUACCUCAACUCCAAACUUAUCGGUAUGAGAAAAACGCUCGUAUUUUACGGAGGACGAGCUCCUAAUGGCCAAAAAUCAGACUGGAUCAUUCAUGAAUACUACAGCCUCGAGUCACACCAGAACUCUCCUCCACAGGAAGAAGGAUGGGUAGUGUGUAGAGCAUUCAAGAAACGAACGACGACAGUCCCGAACAAAAGAAGGCAAGUUUGGGAUCCGAACUGCUUCUUCUACGACGCCAGUACUCUCUUGGAACCUCUAGGCAAGCGAGCCAGACAUAACACUGAUUUCGCCGGCACACCGUUUAAGCAAGAAGUAGUGUCGGAGGGAAAUCACGUUGAAGAUGGAGACUUGGGAUCUAUGUACCUUCAGUCCAUGGGCGAUGAUGAUCAAUUCUCCCAGCUUCCUCAGCUGGAGAGCCCCUCUCUUGAUCCGUGGGAAAUGACUUCCGAGAACAGUCGCCGCGGGAAAGAUGAAGUGAGCGUCGAGAAGAGGAUAACUGACUGGAGAUCCCUCGAUAAGUUCGUGGCGUCUCAGUUGCUGAUGAGUGGCGAAGACUAAGAUCGAGCUGUGAUGCGGCUUACAUGUAUCAUGAUCUAUGCAUGCAUGCACGAGAAACGCCGUCGUAUUUUGGAACUUUCAAUCUUUCUUUCAUAUAUAUAUAUAUAUAUAUGGAAUAUGGUGGUAAUAAGUUGAUCGAAGGAAUUGAUUUUUGAUAGAUAAAUAAAAAGUUGAGGAUCGAACAAGAUCUAGAUAUGAUGCUCUACACUUAA